AGUUAUCCAAUUCGGCAAAAUAUCUCAAAAGGGUAAAGGGCACAGCAGACUAUCAGACGAGGGUUUUAGGGUUUAAGAGUGGCGGAGCUUGCUUAAACGCUCUCUCUCUCUCUCUCUCAUUUCAUCAAGUUAGGGUUUCUGGUUUUCUCCAACAUCACGAUGUGGGCACUUCGUCGAGCCUCCAAUCCUCUCAAGAAUCGAGGACUCAGCAUCAGAACUUCUAGAGCUUGCUGUGUAAAAUCAGAAGUGCCAAGUUGUCAUUUGGAUGACAAAGCUAGUAAUGCUGAUUCUUGCCUAGCGAUAUCUGAGGGAUAUAUGUCUUUGAAGACAUUUUAUAGAGCAAGUCAUGGUUCUCCAAGACCCUUUGUGGGACGGUGCAGUUUUUCUUCUCAGGCUGAUUCAGAAAGCAGCACACAGGAAGAAGACGAUUUGGAGGAUGGUUUUUCUGAGCUUGAAACUCCGGCUAAUGCUGAUGUAAUUAAAGAGAAGCAUGUGGAUGAAGUAAAUGAAGAUGAAUUGAUUUCUGAACCAGAGCUCUCUGAAGACGAAGAUGAUGAUGCUGAAGGUCCUCAAAAUGAGCUUGAAUUAUCUGAUAUUGAGGCAGAUAUUGCUGAGAAAAGAUCUGCACGGAUGGGAGCUUCUUCAGCAUUGUUCGACGCUAUCAUGCGUGCUCCAGGUUUAUCUGUCCAAAGUGCUUUGGAUAAUUGGGUUGAGGGGGGAAAUGAGUUGACUCGGUCCGAAAUAUCCUUGGCCAUGCUUAAUCUUCGAAAGCGUAAAAUGUACGGGAGGGCUUUGCAGCUCUCAGAGUGGCUUGAGUCAACGAAGCGGCUUGACUUCACUGAGAGAGAUUAUGCUUCUCGACUUGAUUUGAUUGCCAAGGUACGCGGUCUCCUGAAGGCUGAGAGCUACAUUGACAAGAUUCCGAAAUCCUUUAGGGGAGAAGUAGUCUACCGAACCCUUUUGGCCAAUUGUGUUUCCGCCAACAACGUGAAGAAAGCAGAGGAAGUGUUCAACAAGAUGAAAGACCUAGAAUUCCCAAUCACUUGCUUUGCUUGCAAUCAAUUGCUUCUCCUUUAUAAGAGACUUGACAAGAAGAAAAUAGCCGAUGUUUUGUUACUUAUGGAGAAAGAGAACGUGAGACCUUCUCGCUUCACUUAUAGACUCCUUAUAGACACAAAAGGCCAAUCCAAUGACAUACAUGGGAUGGAUCAGAUUGUUGAGACCAUGAAAGCUGAAGGGAUCGAACUUGACAUCAAUACACUAUCCGUACUGGCUAAGCACUAUGUAUUCGGAGGGCUCAAAGAAAAGGCAGAGUCUAUUUUGAAAGAGAUGGAAGGAGGUAACAUAAAAAAGAACCGGCGGGCUUGUCGGACUUUGCUUCCUCUUUAUGCAGCAAUGGGGAAGGGCGAUGAAGUGGAGAGGGUUUGGAAAGCUUGUGAGUCUAACCCUAGAAUUGACGAGUGCUUAGCUGCCAUUGAAGCUUGGGGGAAACUGAAUAGAAUUGUUGAAGCAGAGGCAGUGUUUGGCCGGAUGCAAAAUACAUGGAAAAAGCUAAAUGCGAAGCAUUAUUCUACGUUAUUGAAAGUUUACGCGAAUCAUAAGAUGUUAAGUAAGGGAAAAGAUCUUGUGAAGCAGAUGGCAGAUAGUGGGUGUCGAAUUGGCCCUUUCACUUGGGAUGCAGUUGUGAAGUUAUAUGUAGAGGCUGGGGAGGUGGAAAAGGCAGACUCAAUUCUUCACAAGGCUAUGCAACAGAACCGUAUGAAACCAAUGUUCAGUUCUUACAUGACUAUUAUGGACCAAUAUUCAAGAAGAGGCGAUAUACGUAACUCUGAGAAGAUGUUUCAUCGGAUGAGGCAAGAUGGAUACAUGGGUCGGAUCCGGCAGUUCCAGUCAUUGAUCCAGGCUUAUGUUGUUGCCAAGGCUCCAGCGUAUGGGAUGAGGGAGAGGAUGAAGGCAGAUAAUAUAUUCCCAAAUAAAGCAGUGGCAGACCAGUUGGUUUCUGUUGAUGCCUUUAGGAAGUCUGCGGUAUCAGAUUUGCUCGAUUGAGGAUUUCCGGGCACUCGAUGACUUUUAGUGUUUAAGUUGUUUGGUACUUGAUGCUUUAAUCAAACUUGUGUGAUUUAGGUUGAACAGUUGGGAUCAUCUAUUGCUGUUUUGUGCUGCUGUUGAAGUUUUAACAUUUCAGCCCUUAAGAUCA